GUGCGUCACGUGACCGGGUGUGGCUAGAAAAGGCCGGGCUGAAGCCGGGCGCCUUCACUGUGGUUUGGAUGAAGCCUUGGUGCUGCACAGUGGUGGUGCAGGAUCUUCUCCAGAAGGCCCAGCAGUUCCACCCAUGGCAAACCCGAGUUAAUGCUCCCUGCUGGUCCCUCAUGGUCCCCAGCACGAGGCAUUUGCUGGAUCCCAGGUGAUGAGGCCCAUCUGUUUUAGGGGAUCUGUUUCAUUUCUGUACCCCUCCAGACUGCCCAGCGGUGCCUCAGAGUGAUCCGUGCCCGCGUGGUGACUGCAGCCUUCCUGCACCUUCAGCUUGGCCACAGAGCACGUGCUUGGCUGGCAUCGGUGUGACUUACAGGCUAGCCUGGCCCUUCGGCAUGAAAAGAGGAGCCAUUCUCGCAAUUCUGCAGCCUUAACCACAUGCAAAGAGUAAAAUGCCUGAGCAGGAGCCUGGACUGUUGAUAUCCUCCUGGGUGGGAUAUUCUUUCCCAGUCUCAGAGAAGGAAGGAGGAGAACCAUGAGCCUUUUCCGCGAUGCCUGCUUGCGGCACUGGGACUGGCUCCAGGGCGGGUGGCAGCGUCCCAGGGCCUGGAGCAGCAAACAUCGGGAGCCCAAAUGUCUGCUCAAAAAGGAGAAAAGCCCCGGGUUGUGAAAACUGUAGAGGCCAGGAUGAAAUCAGAGGUGGACCCUGGUAUGUGGAAUAUCGACCUCUGCCCCUGGAGGAGCUGUGGAUGGAGCUGGGAUCCAGAGGAAGGAGAAGGCAAUGGACCACGUGGCCAUUUGGUGUGGGGAGAAGGAUGCAGCAGAGCUUGGAAACUCCUCCAAACCACCUAUCACACCUGAGAAUGGCAAGGGAGUAGAAAACAGAUCUUAUGGGAGGAGGUUUCUCUGCACCUGGAGCAACACCAUGAGGGUGACCAUCAUCCUGCAUGCUGGGCAAGCUGGUGCCUCUGUAUGGACCCUUAUCCUCAUGGACUUAAGGAUACACCUCAGACACAGACCCCAGGGCUGAGACAGCAUCAGUGGGAAGCAUCGGAGUCACUGCCAGGACCAGUGUUCUCUGACUGCCACUGUGGACCGAAGGGAUGUUGACCUCCCUGGACAAGCGACGUGGAGGCAGGGACAGCGCUCCCUCUUGGGCUGAGCCAUGUAGAAACCCAGCCUCAACCCUGUGCUGUGGGCACCCAGUGAAACCCAGUGAACAAGAGAAAGCUCCUGCCUACCGAGCCCAGGAGCAGAAGCCAAGUCAGCCUGAUGCACGGAACAAAGAGAACUCAGGACAAGCUUCUGUCUCUGGACACCUUUUAACCUGUCAGUAGCCGAUGGCCUCAAGAUCUGCACAUGCUCAAAAAGCAAAGGCCAGCAACUGAUUUCAGGUGGAUCCUGAGCCCAACAAGUGAAAUGAGACUAAACCGGCAGCUGGAAGCAGUCAGCCUCGGUGAGCGUGCCGGCGAGGCAGACAAGACGCAUGUCGGCAUGGUGUUCCUCCCUGCUGGGAAGAGGACUCAAUGCAUGCACCCUGCGCCCACCCUGCCCGCCCCCGGGAGCACUCGUGGUACCGGGCAGCACAAGACGCCGGUCAUCCCUCAUCCCAAGCCCAUGGUAAUGCUCUGCUGGAGUUUCCAGCUGGGCUGGAGUUUCAAUGUUCUGACUUGCUCUAAGAUGAAGGUAUGGAAGUUUGCAGCCAUUGCAUCGAUGCUCCUCAGUUCCAUGUUAUCCAUUUUAGUUUGUAGAGACAUGUUCAACGGAAGCCGGACAUACAGCCCCUUGCCUUCCUCGCUGUCCUCACGGGCAUCCUCCUCUUCACUGCCGGCGGCUCCGCGGAGACCCCCCCGGGCCCUGCCACGCCACAGCUCGCUGCUCGCCCAGUACAGCAGCUUGUUCGAGAGCUACACGGAGGGGGAGAUCCGGCAGCUCAUCUCGGCACUGGUGGAGCGCUACAGCCAGGCUAUGAACUCAGGCGGCCAUGAGCUGCCACUCUUCCCCAAGGCGGGCAACCGCAUGAAGCGCGCACGAGCUCGCCACAAACCCUGCGCCCUGAAAGAGUUGGAGGUAAGCGUCAGCGAGCUGGGCCUGGGCUAUGAGUCAGAUGAGACGGUGCUGUUCCGCUACUGCAGCGGCACCUGUGAUGCAGCCGUCAGGAACUACGACCUCUCGCUGAAGAGUGUACGCAGCAAGAGGAGGAUCAGGAAGGAGAAGGUCCGGGCUCGGCCCUGCUGCCGGCCGCUUUCCUAUGACGACGACGUCUCCUUCUUGGAUGCCUACAACCGCUACUACACCGUCAACGAGCUCUCGGCCAAGGAGUGUGGCUGUGUGUGAAGGGCCGGGGUGGCCAGGCAGAGGCGAUGCCCCAGAACCACCGGCAGCGAGGCCAAGGGGCCACGGUCUGUGGUGAGGAUGGGGAUGGGCCCUGUACCGCUGCCUGCCCCAGGGACUCUCCCCAUUUGGGGCAGUGGCGGCUGUGGGAGGAGAAGAAACUGCGAUGCUCGUUUAUCCCCAAGCGCUGCUUCCUGGCUCACAUACACGUGUGAUGUGACUGUACAGGACUGUAGAGGAAGCUGUAAGUGCCGUCGGAGGCUGCAGUCAUUGAGGGGUGGUCUGGGGGUGCCAGUGGGUGUGCAACACAUGCGCAGGGUGUGCUGUGCAUGCAGGGCACUUCGCAAGCUUGGGGUGCGUGCACAUGGGGUGUGUUGAACACAGCGUGUCACACGUACGGGGGACAUCACCAGCUGAAGGGAGGGGGGUGCAAAGCAGGUGUGAACUGCACGGAGUCCAGGGUGCGUGGGGUGGCAGGAGCAAGAGGCUGCACUGCAGGGCUGUGCAGGUGGUGCCAUGGUGCUGGACAGGAUGUGCUACACGCACAGUGCAUGUUACGGGGGGUGUUACGGGCACAGGGAGUGUUAAACAGCUGCGGGUGCCCUCAGGCGGGGGCUGAGCCCCACGGGCUGAAGCUGACCUGUGUGUGGGGUUCCCUGGUUUCACUGCAGCCACG